GUUGAACUUCCUGGGUCAGAAGGUGCUGCCGCCUCCGUCCCUUGCGAUCCCGGAACCCGAACUGAUCAGCUGCUCCCCAGCGGGGUGUGUGCGGGGAGAGCCCUUCCCUAGCGCCCCUCUGUGCCCAGCCGGGGGGACUCUCUGCGGGGGCUGGAACCAGCCCCGGGCUCUGCCGCCACCAGCCCCUGAGCCGGAGCCUGCAGGUUGUCCCAUGCCCUCCAGAGACAGGGAAGGGAAAUGACUGCAGUGGAGCUGGUGACCUUCGAGGAGGUGGCUGUGUAUUUCUCCAAGGAGGAAUGGGCUCUGCUGAACCCGGGUCAGAGAGCCCUCUACAGGGACGUCAUGCGGGAGAAUUAUGAGACUGUGACCUUGCUGGCAGGAUUUGUGAUGUUCAAACCUGACAUCAUCUCCUGGCUGGAUCAAGGAGAGGAGACGUGGCUCCCUGAUCUCCAUGGAUACAAGGAAAGAGAGAUCUCGAGAAACACCCACACAGCAGGUGAUGGGACGGUGAGUGAGACUGAGGAGGAGAAUCUUGACCAGGAAGGUCCUGAGCAAGUGGAACCACAGGGGACAGUAUCAGGAAGAGCUAAAGGGGAUGUUUCCCAGAGUCCUGAGGAUGGAGAAGACCAUGAGGGUCAGAGCGAGCAAGAGACAGAGCAAGGAAACCACUCAGAGGAGAGACAGGGUAAAUCAAGAGGAAUUAGGAAAAUCAAAGAAACUGUUCAACAGAGAAUCCCCACUGGAGAGAGACCCUACAUGUGUGGUGACUGUAGGAAAAGCUUCCAAUACAGAUCAGCCCUUAUUAGACAUCAGAGAAUCCACACAGGAGAGAGACCCUACAAGUGUCUUGACUGUGGGAAAAGUUUCAGACAGACAUCAGCCCUUAGUAAACAUCAUACACUCCACACAGGAGAGAGACCCUAUGAGUGUCUAGAGUGUGGGAAAAACUUCCGUCAGAGGUUCCACCUUAAUAAACAUCAGAGAAUCCACACGGGAGAGCGACCCUAUGAAUGCCUCAUGUGUGGGAAAAGCUUCAGUGAGAAUUCACAGCUUCUAUCUCAUCAGAGAACCCACACAGGAGAGAGACCCUAUAACUGCCCCGAUUGCGGGAAAAGCUUCCGUCAUAGAUCAGUCCUCAUUGAACAUCAGAGAAUCCAUACGGGAGAUAAACCCUACAAAUGCAAUGAGUGCAGGAAAAGCUUCAGUCGGUACUCUCACCUCCUAUCACAUCAGAGAACCCACACAGGAGAGAAACCCUAUAAGUGCCCUGACUGUGGGAAAAGCUUCAGUGAAAGCUCAACCCUUAUUCAACAUCAGAGAAUCCACACGGGAGAGAAACCGUACAAAUGCAAAGAAUGUGGGAAAAGCUUCAGUCACAUCUCACACUUCCUAACACAUCAGAGAAUUCACACAGGAGAGAAACCCUAUAACUGCCCUGACUGUGGGAAAAGCUUCAGUCACAACUCAACUCUUACUCAACAUCAGAGUAUCCACACGGGAGAGAAACCCUACAAGUGCAAUGAGUGUGGGAAAAGCUUCAGUCGGAUCUCACGCCUCCUAGCACAUCAGAGAAUCCACACGGGAGAGAAACCCUAUAAUUGCUCUGACUGCGGGAAAAGCUUCCGUCAGAGGUCAGUCCUUGUUACUCACCAGAGAGUCCACACAGGGGAGAAACCCUUUCAAUGCCCAGAAUGUGGGAAAAGCUUCACUGUGAACUCAACCCUCACUAAACAUAGGAGAAUCCACAGUGGAGAAAGACCCUAUGAGUGUAUUGACUGUGGGAAAAGCUUCAGUCAGAAUUCACAGCUUCUAUCACAUCAGAGAACCCACACAGGAGAGCGACCCUAUAACUGCCCUGAUUGCGGGAAAAGCUUCCGUCAUAGCUCAGUCCUCACUAAACAUAAGAGAAUCCACAGUGGAGAAAGACCCUAUGAGUUUAUUGACUGUGGGAAAGGCUUCAGUCAUAUCUUACACUUUCAGUGACAUCAGGGAACCUUAUAAAUGCCCUGACUGUGGGAAAGGCUUGCGGCACAGCUCAGACCUCAUAACACAUAAGAGAAUCCAGAGGUCACAAAACCAAGAAUUGUCCUGGCUGGGGAAGGGCUAAGUGAAUAACACCUUUGCCAAUUCCCACAAAUCUCAGAGGGUCAGGCCAGACCUGGUAGGAGUGGCCAUGGAGAGGACAUGGUGUAGUUAUAAAGCAGAAAAUGAAAUGACCUUCCUGGAGCAAAGCUGUGUAGAACAAGUCUGAGAUGAAACUUCCAAAUUGUGAUGGGAUUUUAUUAUAAUUUUCCAGAUACUUCCAUUGACAUUCUCUAUUGAAAUUUGGUUUUGUAUACGUAGAAUCAUCCCUAUCUUAUAUGCUGUGACUUCACAUUAACUCUUGAUAGUUUUUAGGCUGGUAUCCACUGAGGGAUUUAGGUGCUGUGACACUCAGUAUUGCAGAGACUAAAUUUUUUGGCACCUAGAAAAUUACAGGAACAACACUGGGAUCAACGAAGCCUGAGUUAGGAGCUCCCUCUCUACAAUGAAUGGGGAGAGAGAGGUGUCUUAGAAUGAGAUUCACAAAAGCCAGCAUGCUAGGUCAGGUGCUGCCUAAGCUAGCCAAUGGGAGAUGAUGACCAGAGGGGUGUGUGCUAAACCUCACCCCUCUCAGGGGCAUAGGAACCUAUCUUUGUUUGUGAGUGACAAACCAGGGAAGGUAGAUGCAGUGGGACCUGGUCUAGUAAGUGUAUUCAGAAGCCGCCUAAGUCCGCACAAAACAGAGAGGAAAAUUCUCCUAAGAACAGCACCGGACUAAGUUCUAGCAUUUGAAUGUGAUAACUUUUUAACUGAAACUGAUGUGGUGCUGAUGUAAACUGCCUGCUUGUACCUGUAACUGCCAGUUACUGUUCACACCUUGUCUGUGUAGUGCUGAGCUCACUUAAAUUGUCUUAUUAAUUAUCUGCCUUACUGCCUAAAAGAGCUACCCUUUAAAUCUUUGGUUUGGCGAGGACAUAACACAAUAAGCACAGCUGAGAUUUAGUUAUCCCAGCUUUGUGGAAAUCCAUCGCUUGAUGGUUAAUUUUCUUUUGUUGUCUUGUUUCAACUUAAUUCCUAACUUUAAGUGCUAUUGGGAACUAGUAAUGUUGUCAAUCACUGUUCUGCUCAUGCCUAUAUCUUAGGCUGUGGCUACACUAUGAGGCUUUUAGCGACAUGGCUGUGCUGCUACAGCCGUGCUGCUAAAAGGCAUGCAGUGUA